AUGACUUCAGCGAAGGAUCAGAUUGACCAUGUCAAUACUGUUGAACAUGCUCACCCAACUACCCAUGUAGACUUGAAUAAAAAUGUUACCGCCAAAAUACAAAAUCCUUUAGCUGGAUUAUCAGAAGCGACUAUCAUCCGAGACGUAGGAGAAUUCGCACAAGCCAACGAUCUCAACGAUAUCCUCCCUUUGCUCGAGAAAGGUGCCUUGGUAGCGGCUGAUCCAGGGAGUUUCGAAAGCGUAGAGAGAUUGGAGGAAGAAGAGAAAGUGGCUUUACGAUAUGAAGCGGCGCAUAGAUGGAGUCAUCCAAGGACGCUUUAUUUGACAAUUAUUACCUGUUCUCUCGGCGCCGCGGUCCAAGGUUGGGAUCAGACGGGUAGUAAUGGAGCGAAUCUUUCAUUUCCAACAGAGUUUGGUAUCGGUCAGGGAGAUAACCCCGCUUCUCCUCACCACGAUCGUGAUAAUUGGCUUGUGGGUUUGGUUAACGCAGCUCCAUAUAUUGGGUCUGCUUUUUUGGGAUGUUGGCUUAGCGAUCCUUUCAAUGCCUGGUUCGGACGUCGUGGUACAAUCUUUAUUGCAGCUAUCAUUUGUGUCUUUACUCCCAUUGGAGGAGCUUUUUCAAAAUCUUGGGGAACUCUUUUUCUUAGUCGUAUAAUUCUCGGCAUUGGAAUGGGUCUGAAAGGAAGCACGGUGCCAAUUUUUGCCGCGGAGAAUAGCCCAGCUAUGAUUAGAGGUGCAUUAGUUAUGUCAUGGCAAAUGUGGACCGCUUUUGAAUCUCCACGGUGGUUGAUGAAACGAGGAGAAUAUAGAAGAGCCUACGAUUCUCUUUGCCGACUUCGGAAGCACGAUCUUUUCGCUGCUCGUGAUCUCUACUUCAUUGACUGUCAGCUCAAAAUCGAAGCAGCCAUCGUUGGUAAAACCAACUACGUCAGUAGAUUCAUCCAACUCUUCACCAUUCCCCGUGUACGAAGAGCAACGCUUGCAUCGUUCACUGUGAUGAUUGCCCAGCAGAUGUGCGGUAUCAACAUUAUUUCGUUUUAUUCUUCGACUAUUUUCAAGCAGGCUGGUACUAGUGAAAAGAACGCUCUGAUUGCAAGUUUUGGAUUUGGAUUGGUUAAUUUCGUCUUCGCCUGGCCAGCUAUUUGGACUAUUGACACCUUUGGUCGACGCUCUCUACUUCUCUUUACCUUUCCACAGAUGGCUUGGUCUCUCCUCGCAGCUGGUCUCUGCUUCCUCAUCGAUGAGAAAUUAACUGCGCAUAUUGGACUCAUCGCGACAUUUAUUUACAUAUUCGCCGCAUUUUACUCACCAGGAGAAGGACCUGUUCCUUUCACAUACUCAGCGGAAGUGUUCCCCUUAUCACACAGAGAAGUAGGAAUGGGCUGGGCCGUUGCAACAUGUUUAUUCUGGGCAGCCGUUCUCUCAAUCUCUUUCCCUAAGAUUUUAGAAACAUUCCAUCCCGUGGGAGCUUUCUCAUUCUACGCAGGACUCAACAUCGUCGCCUUCGUAAUGAUAUUCCUCUUUGUCCCAGAAACCAAACAACGCACCCUAGAAGAACUCGACUACAUUUUCGCCAUCCCAACCCGCACGUUCAUGAAAUAUCAAAUCACCAAAACCCUUCCAUAUUGGGUUCAACGAUAUGUAUUCAUGAGGAAAAAUGCAGUACUAGAGCCACUCUAUCAUUUUGACGAGACGUCUGAUUUCAGAACGCCCGAUACGAAAAAUUCGGGAAGCCCCGAACAGAUUGAGAAGGUGGAGCCGGAUAAGAGUAGUGGGAAGGAAAGUGCCGAGAUCAAUACUUGA